AUGCAGACCUCUUUGCUGCGCGCUCGUGUGCAGCCUUUCUCGCGCCUGGCAUGCCGCAUUCCUAGCUCCAGCUCUCGCGCUCUCAACACCUAUGCGACUUUCAAGGUGCCCCAGAUUAACAAUGAGCCUAACAAACACUAUGCUCCCGGUAGCCCUGAUCGCAAGGGCUUGGAAGACGCCCUGGCUUCAUACAAGCAGUCGGCGCCCUUGAACGUGCCUUUGGUCGUUGCAGGCAAGGAGAUCAAGAACUCCCAGACCUUCACUCAGAGCAACCCUGCUACUCACACCCCCGUCGCCACCUACUCCAACGCCUCCAAGGCCGACGUCGAGGCCGCCAUUGCCUCUGCCCUCGAGGCCCGCAAGUCAUGGGCUGCUACUCCUUUUGCGGAGCGUGCCAGCAUUUUCCUCAAGGCCGCUGACCUCAUUUCGACCAAGUACCGCUACGAUAUCAUGGCUCUGACCAUGCACGGCCAGGGCAAGAACGCCUGGCAGGCAGAGAUCGACUCUGCUGCUGAGCUUGUCGACUUCUUCCGCUUCGGUGUGAAGUACGCCGAGGAGCUUUAUGCUCAGCAGCCUGUUCACCACGCCCCUGGUGUGUGGAACCGCCUCGAGUACCGUCCUCUGGAGGGAUUCGUCUACGCUAUCAGCCCCUUCAACUUCACCGCUAUCGGUGGCAACUUGGCCGGUGCGCCCGCUCUGAUGGGUAACGUCGUCCUCUGGAAGCCCUCGCCUUCGGCUAUUGCCUCCAACUGGCUCGUUCACCAGAUCCUUCUCGAGGCUGGCCUCCCCAAGGACGUUAUUCAGUUCGUGCCCGGUGAGGCUGAGGAGGUUACUAGCACCGUUCUCAACCACAAGGAAUUCGCUGCUCUCCACUUCACUGGUAGCACCGAUGUUUUCCGUAUGCUCUAUGGCAAGAUCUCCGACGGUGUGGCGCAAGGCAAGUACCGGAGCUACCCUCGCAUCGUUGGCGAGACUGGUGGCAAGAACUUCCACUUGGUCCACAAGUCUGCCGAUGUGCGCAACGCCGCAGUCCAGACCGUCCGCGGUGCCUUUGAGUUCCAGGGCCAGAAGUGCAGCGCCACUUCCCGUGCUUACGUCGCUGCCUCCAUUGCCGAUGACUUUGUCAACCAGGUCGCCGCUGAGGUGAAGCAGAUUAAGGUUGGCGAGCCUUCCGAUUUCACCAACUUCUGCGGCCCCGUCAUACACGAGGGCUCUUUCAACAAGCUUGCCGGCGUCAUUGAUGAAGCCAAGAACGACCCCGAGCUCGAGCUGCUUGCUGGUGGCUCCUACGAUUCCUCUAAGGGAUGGUACAUCCAGCCUACUGUGUACCGUACCUCCAACCCCGACCACCCUCUCCUCUCGCGCGAGCUCUUCGGUCCCAUUAUCGUCAUUCACUCGUACAACGACGCCACCGAGGCUGACUUUAUCAAGAUCUGUGAGAAGAUCGAUACUACCGGCACCUACGGUCUGACUGGCUCCGUGUUCGCCCAGGACCGUCAGGCUGUUCAGGUCGCCGAUGAGCACCUUCGCAACGCCGCUGGCAACUUCUACAUCAACUGCAAGAGCACCGGUGCCGUCGUUGGCCAGCAGCCCUUCGGUGGUGCCCGUGCCAGUGGUACCAACGACAAGGCUGGCAGCGCCAACCUGCUGUCUCGCUUCGUGAGCUUGCGCUCGGUCAAGGAGGAGUUCAUCCCCACCUACACCGUUGCCUACCCCAGCAACGCCAACUAA